UUUGAUAAACUUGUAAAUUGACGGUAGUGUGAGAAUCUUUAUCAGUCUCAGUGUUGUCUUGGCUCGUCAGUAAUGGCGGCAGUGUAUUUGUGAUUGUGUUUGUGAAUUUUCGCGUGCGCCGUUCGCCACAGCAAUUCGAGUUAUCGUCGGGGUUUAAAUCCAGAGUCCACUAUGAUUCAAGUGGACAUGUUUAGCACGCCCCCACCUCCAAUCCCACAGGGAAAACCACCACCUCCCAUGCAGGGUGGACCCCAGCCAUUCCAAGCAUUAUCGUUCAAGCCCUUUAAAGCUCCAGAUGGAGAAUUUGAUGGAAAGAGACUCAGAAAAAGUGUUAUGCGAAAGACUGUUGAUUAUAAUUCCUCUGUCGUAAACAUGUUAGAAAGUCGUGUGUGGCAACGUGAUGAGCGUGAUCGUGGCCAGUUGCAGGCUGAUGUUUGCUAUGCUUCUGAGAUGCUUCCACCCCCUGCAUAUCCAGUUAAUCCAAUAAAUGCUGUUGUAACUAAGUUUGUUCGUACCUCCACUAACAAAGCUAAGUGUCCAAUAUUCUGCUUGGCAUGGACACCAGAAGGCAGGAGACUGGUGACAGGAGCUUCCUCUGGGGAAUUUACUCUUUGGAAUGGAUUGACCUUCAAUUUUGAAACAAUUUUACAAGCUCAUGACAGUAGUGUGAGAACGAUGGUCUGGUCCCACAACGAUCAAUGGAUGGUAACUGGAGAUACUGGUGGCUUUGUUAAAUAUUGGCAGACGAAUAUGAAUAAUGUGAAGCUGUUCCAAGCACAUAAGGACCCAGUGCGUGGCCUCAGUUUUUCCCCGAGUGAUCAGAAGUUUGCCACCGGUUCUGAUGAUGGGACCGUUAGGAUAUGGGACUUUUACCGUUGUUAUGAAGAAAAAAUUCUUAGAGGUCAUGGAGCUGAUGUCAAAUGUGUUGACUGGCAUCCAUCGAAAAGUCUUCUAGCAUCGGGUAGUAAAGACAACCAACAGCCCAUUAAGUUGUGGGACCCGAGAUCAGGCCAGCCACUGGCAAAACUACAUGCUCACAAAAGCACAGUAAUGGAUCUCAAGUGGAAUGCAAAUGGUAAUUGGUUGUGCUCUGCAUCUAGAGACCAUUUGUUGAAGCUUUUUGAUAUAAGAAAUCUUUCCACAGAGUUCCAGGUCUUCAGAGGUCACAAGAAGGAGGCUUCUUGCAUAGCAUGGCAUCCACAUCAUGAGGGCUUAUUUGCAAGUGGUGGUUCAGAUGGAUCAAUCCUCUUUUGGCAUGUUGGAAAUGACAAGGAAGUAGGUGCCAUUGAAUCUGCUCAUGAUGGUAUUAUAUGGGACUUAGCUUGGCAUCCUCUUGGUCACAUUCUGUGUUCAGGGUCCAAUGACCAUACGUCAAAGUUUUGGACGAGAAAUCGACCUGGGGACAAGAUGAGAGACAAAUACAACUUGAAUACUCUUCCAGCAGGGUUAGCUGAUGACUCCAUGGAUAUCGAUGAUAUUCCAGUUACCUCCAAUAUUGAAACACAAGGUGCUAUUCCUGGCAUGGGCCCUGACGACAAAGUUGAGGAAGCUGAUUCUAAUGCACCAGAAACGAUACCUGGUCUAGACUUUGAGAACACUGGCUUUGACAGAUUUACAAAAAAGACUCCAUAUGCCAAGCCUAUCCCAAAGACUUUCCAAGCUGCAUGGAAUGCUGCUGGUGGCUUGGAAGAGGAAAUUGAAGAGGACAAUAACAUUACGAGCUGGGUAAUAACUGACAGCAAUGAAUUAUUUUGCCUACCUGCAAACAUCGAUGGUGAUUAUGUUUAUACAGAUGAAGGAGAUGAGUUGCCUCCAGGGUCUGUGCCUUUGGAAGACAUUAAGGCUAAUUCCAUUCUUUACUCUGGUUUCCUUAUUCCUCUUGAAUUUGUAUCAGGUGAUGUUAUAUGGAAAGCCUUUACAACAAUGGAAGAGGAAGAUUUUAUUUCAGAGGUUACCAAGGAUCCAGAAUUUGCAAAGAAACUUAUUAAAGAAAAGCACAUGCUGCUUAACCCUAAUGCUAGUAUGGAAGAUCCAGUACCUGAGAAGAGGCCAAAUUCUUUUGAAACAAACAACCAAACUUUCACUGGUGCCCAGAAUAUCAUGAACACCAAUAAUAAUAUGACUAAUAAUAACAAUGUGAAUGUCAAUGUUAACAACAACAGUGGUAACUUCCAAAACCAAGGUAAUUACCAUGAUGGGCCACCACCCAAUUUUGGAAACAACAACUAUUCUGGUGGCUCUCGGAAUUUCAAUAAUCAUCCAAGAGGAAACUUCAGAGGUCAUAAUGACAGGGGUUAUAAUCGAGGAGGUCCAAGGGGUAAUUGGCAAGCAAGGGGCGGAGGUUCCAGGAAUGAUCACGGGCCUGGAAUGGGAGGACCAAGAUAUAAUGAAGAAUCAUAUGAGGAGAACUAUGACAAUGACUGGGGUUACAAUGACCAGGGUGAUCCUGAUAAUGGUAUAAACAAUGACGAAGUGCGGAUGAGUUAUGAUGAGAAAGGAACGGGCCGAGGCAGAGGCAGAGGGCCUAGAGGUAGAGGCAGAGGCGGUUUUAAAGACUUCAGCAACAAAUAUGAUGAUGGUGAAGGAGAUAGCAGACCAAACCAGUGGCAUCCAAGAGGAGGCCAAGAUGAGGAUUAUGAAGAUGAGAGAGACAGGGGUGGAGACUGGAAUCAAGAUAAUAAUUACUCUUGGGGAAGGAAAGGAAAUUAUAACAACUACAAUAACAAUAACAAAAUGAGUAAUCAAAACAGUGGUUGGAACAAUGAGGACAGUGGUUAUGAGAGUCGUCAUAACUCUUGGAGGGGAAGAGGUAGAGGCUUCAAAGGAGAUUAUCAGAGAGGUGGAAGAGGUGGGAGAGGAGAUUAUCAAAGGGGGAGGGGGAGGGGAGAUUUCCAGCGCAACAGAAGUAGAGGUGGCCCCGUCAGGGGUAGAGGUAGAGGUGAAGGAAGUGGCUGGGAUUAUUAGUAUAUUUUAUUUAACCUCCAUCAUCAGUUCAUUAAAUAUGGUGUUCAGGUUUGUUUAUAGUUUCAUUUUGAAAGUGUAUAUGAGUCAGUUGUUUAACCAAAUUUUUCCAUAAGUUUAUUGUUUUAUAAGUUGUAGAUUUUUAUGAUCUUGUAAUUUAGCACCUAUUUUAGUAUUGUAUAUAUGUAAAAAUGAUUUACAGUUUCUACAUGAGGUGCAAGAUUUUGUUAGGAACAUUCCUGUAUCACCAUUCAAUAAUCAUUCACAUGAAUAUAUAAAGAUAUUUUAUCACCAUCACCAGCCAAGAUAAUGUACAAAUUUUACACAUCAGUUAUUUCAACACAAUGUUACACAUAAGUCAAAUUCAAAGCUGACCAGAACAGGAUCAUGACACAAAUAAUCAUCGUAGGUUUGUCACUUACCUCUUGAAAUAUUAUGUAAUCACUCUCAAGUAAAAUGUGAACACAAUAUGCUCAGCACUGUGAGCCAAGGACGCUCAGCCAGUGAAUUUUGUUUCAUAUUUCUUGAGGAAAUGGAGUUCACCUCCAUUACUGUGGCAUCCACAGGUGGAGUUUGUAGUACUUUCUUUUACUGCAUUGUGGUUUUUUUUAGUUAGCCCAUCACAUGAGGUCAGGUUGAAUUAAUCAGCAUUAGGGACAUUACCAGAAAUUCAUACUGAAGGUUCUUGGUUUCUGCUAGUACAGUAUUCUAUAAUUUGCAAUUGAAGCUGGAGUAUAUAUGGCUUUUUUUUGUACAGGUAUUUGGUUUUGUUAGUAAUAUGUUACUUUUGGGAAAAUUACUUGAGCAAUCAUUCUGAGUGAGACCCGGCGCUCAUUUUUCUUUGUCUAUAUCAUAACAAAGAUCAUGUACUUAUAUAAAUUAAAUCCUGGAA